AUGGAAGGAAGAAAAAAUGUCGCAAACAAUUCGUCGACUACCUCUGCAGUUAAAGUUCCUACAACUUAUGUCUCACCAUUCUCAAAACCCUUACGACCUCCUAUAAUACCAAAGCAACUUCCUCAUACAAUUGCAAACAAUUCGUCGACUACCUCUGCAGUUAAAGUUCCUACAACUUAUGUCUCACCAUUCUCAAAACCCUUACGACCUCCUAUAAUACCAAAGCAACUUCCUCAUACAAUUGCAAACAAUUCGUCGACUACCUCUGCAGUUAAAGUUCCUACAACUUAUGUCUCACCAUUCUCAAAACCCUUACGACCUCCUAUAAUACCAAAGCAACUUCCUCAUACAAUUGCAAACAAAUUGUCCAACAAUUUGAGUUCUUCUUCUCAAAACACAACAGAUACAGUUGUCCAAACAGCACCAGAACAAGUUUCACAUAGUUCUACAAUUCAAGACAAAUUGUCCAACAAUUUGAGUUCUUCUUCUUCUCAAAACACAACAGAAACAUCUGAAACAGAUUUACAACCAGCACCAGAACAAGUUUCACAUAGUUCUACAAGUAUGUUAACAAGAGCACAAUUUCAAGAUUUAAUUUCUCUUGAACAAUAUUCGAGUAACGAAACACAAAGCGACGACUGUAACCUCUCGCUACCCGAAUCCAUUCAAAGAAAAUACGCCAUGAAAAGACUGAAAUUGUUGUAUAAACUUCUUAACAAUUGGGGAGUCGAAGACAACUCAGAUUAUAGUGAAAUGUUUAACAAAGUCAUAGAAUCUGUUAAACCAAUUGAAAACGACAUAAAAAAUCCC